UGCGUUAUCAUUACUGGUUCAUGUGUGUUGCGUGCCAGAAGUGUGUUGUUGUGUGGCCGCUCGUUGUGUGCGGGACUUUGCCGGUUGUGCUGCUUCUCCCUCAGGAAUGGAAAACCAGGCUUCAGAAGAAUGUUCAGCCAAUGGCAAGAACACCAUUAUAAAAGAGGAGACACUUGUGAAAGGAAAGUGGGUGCAGCUCCAGGAAACUACAUAUGCGGAUCAUGAUGGAAAGACCAGAACUUGGGAAACAGUAAAACGUACAACACGGGCCACAUGUAAUGCAGCUGAUGGUGUAGCAAUAAUACCUGUUCUACAGAGGACUCUUCACUAUGAAUGUAUUGUGCUUGUUAAGCAGUUCCGACCACCUUUGGGCUGUCACUGCUUGGAGUUCCCUGCAGGACUUAUUGAUGAAAAUGAAACUGCUCAGCAAGCAGCUCUGCGGGAGCUGGAGGAGGAGACCGGCUAUAAGGGAGAAGUCAUGGAGUGCUCUCCAGUGGCUUGUCUGGAUCCUGGAUUGUCAAAUUGCACAACACACAUAGUAACCGUGCACAUAAAUGGUGACGAUCCUGCCAACAACAAGCCUAAACCAAAGCUCGCUGAUGGAGGUAUGUCAUAUUAUUAUUUUAAUAUAUAUAUUUAAUGCCAAUGCUAUCCUCUUGACACAAAUCUUUUGAUUUUAGAAUUUACAGAGUCCAUUUUGAUACCCAAGAAUGAUCUGAGGAAACGUAUAGAUGAACUAGUGGCUGCUGAGAAGCUUGUAGUGGAUGCCAGAGUUUAUACCUACGCCUUGGCACUGGAACAUGCCGUGGCAAAGCCAUAUGAGCUUCCGUUCUUGAAGGGUUAAGGAAUGGUACAUUAUAGUAUCCUAUUGGAAUACAGAUGUUUACAUUCUCCUUCACUUUGCCUGUAAUGGCGGUAACAUUCCCACUGGCUCUAAGGAAGAUAGAGGAAUGAGCACUUGAGUCUUUCCAUUCACUACUGUUAGUCUUUUAAAAGUCUUGGCAUGCCAACUUAACGAUAAGGAAAUUCAGUAUUUGUAGAAAACUCUUGUAUGGGUGAACGGUAUUUUUAAAUCCCUCUAAUAAAUUUAAUGACUGCA